AUGGACAUCGACCCUCCUAGGGCUUCUCUCAACGAGAGUGCUGGUGACCGCACCGGGAAGAAACUGCCGGAGACUAAAGAUGGGAAGCCUAUGUCCUUUCGCAACAAACUGAUGGGUGGGGCAAAAGCUACAGCCCCAAAGCAGUUCGUAGAUCUGGUUGAACAAGGGAAGAUGAGGGUGAACCUCGUCGGUGGGAAUCGCUUGUUGCUUGUCAUAAGUGUUGACAAGGAAGUAAUGGAAGAGAUGUGCCAGCCAUGGAAGGAAGCACUGGUGCUAUGCUUGCUGGGUAAGUCUCUUGGAUACAAAACCAUGAAAACCAAAUUAGCAGCGGUGUGGAGGCUCUCAAGUGACUUUGAUUUGCUUGAUGUGGGUAAUGGAUUCUUUAUGGCAAAGUUUGACUGCCAGGAGGAUAGGGAGAAGGUGAUUAGCGGGGGGUCAUGGAUGGUCUUCGACCAUUACUUGGCAGUGUCCACGUGGAGUCUGAAAUUCAUCUCCCCAGCUGCGAAGGUUAAACGAACACUUGCUUGGGUCUGUAUCCCAAGCCUGGACGUGGCAUUCUAUGAUGAAAGUUUCCUUCUCUCGGUUGCCUGA